UCUCUCUCUCUCUCUCUCUCUCUUUCUCUCUCCUUCUCUCUCUCUCUCUCUCCCCCCCCCUUCCUCUCUUUGCAAAUGUGAUUGUUUUGUCUAUCACACAGGGCAGAGUGGAAGACUGUUCCUGGGUAGGGUGAGGGAGAGACACGCAGAUAGGUUACAGGAGCCUGCCUCAGACCAAUGCUUUUCUGGGCUCCUACCGAGAAGCGACUGAAGGCAAGAGGCUGCCUGAGAAAGCUUGGAAGAUCAAGGCUGCCUCUGGACUCCAUGCUGCCUUCACUUCUCCUCUCUCUGCUCUCUGUCCUGGCAGAAGGGGCCAGCCUCCAGCCAAUCAGAACCAACCACCUGGGGAUGUGUCCCAACCAACUGAACCCCAACCUCUGGGUGGACGCUCAGAGCACCUGCGAGCGGGAGUGCCAAACCGAUCAGGACUGCGAAGGCUUUGAGAAAUGCUGCACCAACGUUUGCGGCUUGCGGAGUUGCGUGGCUGCCCGUUAUGCCGACGGGAGCAUCUCUUCGUUGGAACAGAUGCAGGAAGCCACCUGCGAGAGCUUCGUCUGCACCCAGCAGGGCUCGGACUGUGAUAUUUGGGACGGGCAACCGGUCUGUAAGUGCAAGGACAGGUGUGAGAAGGACCCCAACUUCACCUGCGCCUCCGAUGGACUCACCUACUACAACAAGUGUUACAUGGAUGCCGAAGCCUGUAUCCGGGGCAUCAGCCUGGCAGUGGUGCUGUGCAAGUACAUCUUUACCUGGCCCAAUACUAGCCCGGUGCCAGUGGAGACCACUACUCACCCCACCCCUGGGGCGUCUCCGGAGCUGCCUAUCCCGCCGGCUCUCUACAACAACCCUUUCCACCAGCUCGUCUACGUGGGCGGCACCGUGAGCUUCCACUGUGACGUGAGCGGGCGUCCUCGUCCCGACAUCACCUGGGAGAAGCAGAGCGACCAUCAGGAGAACUUCAUCAUGCGGCCUGACCAGAUGUACGGCAACAUGGUGGUGACCAACAUUGGCCAGUUGGUCAUCUACAACGCUCAGCCAGAAGAUGCUGGGAUCUACACAUGUACAGCCAGGAAUUCUGCCGGUCUCCUGCGAGCGGACUUCCCACUCUCGGUCGUCAAGAAGGAACACUCCAGAGGAGAACCGAGAGUUUCCAGUACGUUGAAGCUCCCGCCCAACGAGUGCUUGAGGGAACCCGAUACCCAGGAUUGUGAGACCUACCAAACCCGUUGGCAUUUUGACUCCAAAAAGGGCUCCUGUGUUACUUUUCGUUAUGGCGGUUGCGGGGCGAACCAGAACCACUUCGACACUUAUGAGGAGUGUCAACUGGCUUGUGUCAGCAACACGGUCAACCUGUGUACCCUCCCCAUGGUGCAAGGGCCUUGUAAGAACUGGGAACCUCGCUGGGCCUACAACCACCUGAUGAAGCAGUGCCAUUCCUUCAUCUACGGCGGUUGCGAGGGCAACGAGAACAACUUUGACAGCAAGGAGAGCUGCGAGGACGCCUGUCCCUUCCCCAAGACCUUGCUGUGCAAAGCGUGUCGCCUGAAGAGCAAGAUGGUAUUGAGCCUCUGCCGCAGCGAUUUCGCCAUCGUGGGGCGACUGAUGGAGAUCCUCGAGGAUCAAGACUCUGGGAUUGCCCGUUUUGCGCUGGACGACGUCCUCAAGGACGAGAAGAUGGGCCUCAAGUUCUUCAACAUCAAGUAUCUGGAAGUCACCUUGACGGACAUGGACUGGAACUGCCCCUGUCCCAACAUGACCGCGGAGGAUGGGCCUCUCAUCAUCAUGGGGGAAGUUCACGACGGCAUGGCUGUCCUGGAUCCCAACAGCUAUGUCCGGACUGCCAACGACAAGCGGGUCAAGAAGAUUUAUGAGCUUCUGGAGAAGAAAACCUGCGAGUUGUUUAACCGGUUUCAGGACUAAGGUGGGCUUGAAGGGAGGGAAAGUAGAACAGGCAAGAGAGACCCCACUCCUCAAAGGCACAGCAUCCUUAUAUUGUUAUAGAAACCAAGGACUGGGUGGGAAGAUGAACGGAUGAGCUACUGCCCCUUUCAAUCCACAGAAGAGUUGUGUUCACACAACAUGCUGAACCCGGUCACUGAACUAACUGGUUUUCUGAGUUUUUGGAUCAACCAACCAACCUACCAAACAGGUUGGGUUCACACAACCCAAAGCGACUAAUUCCCAUUCAAGCGUAUGGAAUACAUCUACAGGUAGUCCUCGGCUUACGACAACUGAGCCCAACAUUUACGUUGCUACGCAAAACAGUUGUUAAAUGAGUUUUGCCCUCCAUUUUACAACCUCUCUUGCCACAUUUCUUAAGCUGAAUCACUGCAGUUGUUGCGUUAGCAACACGGUUGUUAAGUGAAUCUGGCUUUCCCUGUUGACUUGGAUUUCACCACUGACGUGACCCUCCCCCCGGUGAUCACAUGACACUGCGACCCUCACAAAUAUGAGCCAAGUGUCCAAAUUUUGAUCAUGUGACCAGGGGGAGACUUGCAACGGUUGUUAAGUGUGAAAAACGUUCCGAAGUGUCUUUUUUUCAGUGCUGUGAUAACUUCGGUCACUAAAUGAACCGUUGUAAGCCGAGGACUAACUGUACUAGGCUUGUUAAGUGACCUAGUUUAAUGUGCUGGGUGAAAACAGUCAGUAAAAGGGAAAUGGGAAACAUUUCCCAUCUUCAGGUCCAGGCCGGCUCUAUUUAUUUUUAAAAUAUUUUUUCUGCCACAAUCCGAACUCUUAACUACGACGAGGGCUGGCGAACGCUUGUUAAUGGUCUACCGUCCGAUUUUGUGUGAGCUGUCAUUUAUCUGCAACUAUUAGGUCAGUGAUGACUAACCUUUUUGCCAUCGCGUGCCAAAAGCUGGGGGAGUGCAGGAUAGUUUUGCGCGCGCACGUGCCCAUACCCAUAAUUCUAUGUGCCCUGCCCCCCUGCGCAUGCGCUCCCCCCCAUGCUCUCUCUGCUUUUGGCAUGUGAUUGCACAGUGGGCACGGUAGGCCUGUUUUUUGCCCUGCCCAGGCUCCAGAGGCUUUCUAUGCGCCUGGGGAGGACAAAAACAGCCUUCCCAACCCCGCCGGAGGCCCUCUGGAGGCUGGAAACAGCCCGUUUGCCAAAUUCCGGUGGGCCCAGAAGGCCCCAAAAUCAGCUGGCCAGCAUGUGCAUGCAUGCUGGAGCUUAGCUAGGGCAACGCUCGCGUGCCCACCAAUAUGGUUACGCGUGCCAUAGGUUCGCUAUCACACCACUAGGUCUCACUGCUGUACAUCCUUCUCAGCUGCUCCAAUCUUUUGUGAAAUGAAGACUAAUUAAACCAACCAACCAACCACGUUUCUUCUAAAUCUUACAGCGCAGGUCAAUAGAAGCUUUUUUUUUUUUAAAUCCUUUCGGGAUGGCAAAUUCUUUCUUUCGACAAAUGAUCACUGUUUCUUGAGGACUAGCUUCCUAGCCUGGAUUGGCAAUUACCAAUUUCUGGGGGCGGGGAGGGGAAAUAAAAUAAAUCAUGGUCAUGUGAUUAUAAAAUGCUGCAAAUGACCGUAAACGGGGCUGGUUGUUGAGCACCUAAAAUUUUGUCAUAUACUGCAAAGUGUGUGUGUGUGUGUGGCGACUGGAACUCCAGAACAGGUCAUAAGUAACUUUGGAGGAGGGGGAGAUCUGACAUAACUCUGAAAGGUUGCUAAGUGGCAGAUUAUAAAUUGAGGACUAUGUAAAUUGAGGGUGGGGGAAAAUGUUUUUCCUUCACAUUUUGCAGGCUGUUUGACUGUCUCCCUACAGUCCUUUGGAGGAGGCCCAUCCAAGUUGUAACCAGGACUGGCCCUGCUUAGCUUCUGAGUCCAGACAAAUGUGAUCUAAUACUGCCCCCUGGUGACACACUAUCAGAUUUACCUUUCCGAAUGGCUCCCUUGUAGAUAGCGAACUAGAUAAAAACCAAGCGAUAUUUGUGUAAGUAAUGCCAAAACGUUGUAUUUAUUUGCACCCAAAUGCAACACAGAUUAUGUAAGAUGCUGUUACCUU